UAGUUUCGAGCGUUAUAUGUGCAGUAGUUUGCAUACUUAACAGUUAAAAAUUGCUAAUGUUAAUCGAACAUGGAAUAAUUCGUUUCGUUUGGUCGGUGUAUUUAUGGUCAAUUCUAUCAAUCGAUUUCAUCUAUACAGCUGAUAAAACUGAAUCAAACCAGAUAUGUCAUUCACUUGCCACUGAUGACGAUGAAGUUGAUCGAGUUGGAAAGGAACUAAAUAUUUUGGCGGUGGGUUUAACUCGAAAACAUCUAUUGCUUAUAACAAGAGAUUUUUAUGUAUAUGAAUUGCCUAAAGAUUCACUCGAUUCAAGCAUUAAUAGAUUAUAUUUAAAUGCUACGCCAACACCAUUGUCGGUUAAAUAUCCCGUUCUUUUUAACUCGUCAGAGUUCAACAGCAUUAAGAAAGAAUUAUUCAACGCAUUCAUACUCAUUGAUAAUAAAACGGAUUGGCUUUGUAUAACAACAUGGGAUAAAGAAACAGACGAGGCAGGCAUCAAAUAUGAUCUAAUUAACGAUAAAGUUCAAUCAGGCUUUUAUUUCCUUGGUGAUCAAAAAGAAUUACUUAUAUCAACCGACAAACAUUCUAUGUUUUAUUCAUUACGUUAUUCGCAAAAAACUAAUGGAUUGGAAAUUGCUACUUAUACAUACAGCGAUUCUGACGUUAGUAUCAACCUAACAAAUCCAUAUAGAGUGAUUUGUUAUGGCGAUGAACAAAAACAGACGCUGAUUAUCAAAAAGUAUGGUGAAAUGUGCGAAAAUCAUCCGGUAAAAUGGCCAAUAAUGAAUGGUUUUGUGGCUGGUGAUCGUUUCUAUCUAUUUGAAAAGAAUAACACACAAAUUUUUAGUGAAGAUGCUUAUAUGAAACCCAAUAAAGCUGUAUCAAUUGAAAAAAGCAAAUAUUCUUCGUUUUUCAUAUGUCCUGGAUCAUCCCUAGCCGAAAAUUUUCUAACGAAAAAUCGGUCUAUUCUGAUAAUCAUCUUAAUCAUUUUGUUUGCAUCGCUGUUUAUACUAAUUUGUCUUUUAUUGAUUCGUGUUGAAAAUCAUAAAACUUUUGAUCAAGAUUUUGGAAAAACAAUUCGUUCUUCAUUGGAUUUGAAACAGCGCAAACGAAGAGCGGGCAUUCCUGGUACUAGUAAAUUUACGGAAACUGCAACUAUUCGUUCAUCAUUAAUGACCGAUUCUCGAUCCACAUCAAAAAAUAUUCCAUUCAGUCGCAUCAAAUUAAUGCCGACAACAAGAUCAUUAGAAUUGAACUCUCCAUUCUUCCCUAAACAAGCAGUAUUAAAAUACAAAUUUAAAAUUUCGAAAAAUCAUAAA